AUGGCAGACAGUCAGCGACUCGAGCUCGCGCACGGCACGUUGCGCCUCGUCGGCGGGUCAGUCGAUCAGGCUGCCGCCGCCUUCUCCGUCAACGUGCCGGACGAGCUCAAAUCGAAGCGGCAUCAACGCGACGGCAGCGCCUCCCACCAUGUCACUCUCAUCAGCAAACACGAGGCUGAUGCGAUCGUCAGCCGGCAGGGUGGCACUCGUGAUGAACACCUUCAAACUCUGCUGCAGCGCGUCGGAGGUCUCAGCUUCUCCUGGCGCGCACUUGGUCUCGGCAGCACCUCCUGUCAGGGUUCGCGAGCAUUCUUCGUUGUGCUGGGCUGGCCCGAGCUCUCACUCCUUCGCGCCAGCUACGGACUCCACCCCUGCACAUUGCACAUCACCUGUGGCUUCAUGCCGCGCGAUGUCCACGGCGUCGCCAAGGGAUGCCAUUUCCUCUUGCCCGGGCUGUGCAAUCGUGCAGCGCUGGACACGAGCCUGCAGAUCGCCACGCUCCUCGCGGCUGCUUCGGAGGAGGACGUGCCGGCGCUGAGCAAUGUGUUCCCGCCGCUGCCGCCGCUCGACGCAUUAACCGCUCGCAUCGGCUCGCAGGCUGCGCUGCGCAGCAUAUACACGCUCCCUAGCCUCGCGCGUUGCAACUGGGUGGUGCCCGGCAGGAUCAUGUGCGGCGACUGUGGCGCACUAGUGACCCACGCGCGUGAGCUCUGCGCCGCCGGCGUCACCACGAUUGUCAACCUGCAGACCAAGGGAGAGAGAGAUGCAGUGCCCUACCACCACGGCGUGCUCAAGCUCAACUCUGCGGCCAAGUUUGUGGAGCUGCCCAUCAAGGACCAGCAAACGACCGACGAUGCGAGGGUAUCGGCGCUGGUCCUGUCAAUCCUGAGCCGCGUCGGAGACGGUGAGGUCUUCUACAUCCACUGCCGCGGUGGUCACGGGCGCACUGGAACUGUGUGCAGCAUACUCCUUGGGGCAAUUCAUAGUCUCGCAGGGCAAGUGGCGCUGUGCACAUUCCAGUGUCUGCACGAUUUGCGCGCGCAGCCCUGCUUUCACGGCCACGGUGAGCCGAGAGACUUGUCCUUUGUCACUGCCCUCUUCGACGUGCAGAAGGCGCAAGUCUGCCGCCUGCUCGGAGGUGAUGCGGAGGUGGCGCCAGCGCCACUGUGCCCCCAAAAGGACCUCAGUGCGAUGUAUGGCCAAGGCGCCUCUAAAUAUGAUGAGGAGACGCUGCAAGAGUGGCAGUCUCGCGGCGUCGCUGCUUCCAAGGCAGCCAAGCAGCGCGAUUGGACGGCCGCCUGCCUCGAAUUUGAGGCAUGCGUGAGCCUGCGCCCGGAUUGGGAGAAGGGCGUUGCAUGUCUGCUCAAGGCGCGGUCAAAGCGCCGCGAGGCUGCACAGGUGGACGGCGAUGGCGGCCGGCGAAUGGAGGAAGCCGUCACAUCCGCCACCGUCGCCGCCACACCUGCCAGCAGCAAGCCCCUCCGGCGCCUGGGCGCGCACGUGCCCUUGUUUGUUGUGCUUGCGGGCCUCCCGGGCGCCGGACAGAGCACCUUCGCCAAGGCGCUUGCGCACAGCCGCGAGGAGUGGCUCCUGAUCGACUCGGAUGAGACGGGCGGGAGGCGCGAGACAGAGGCGGCGGUCUGUGCCGGGUGCAAGUCGGUGACCGCCGCUGCUAAGCGUGGUGGCGGCGGCAAGCACAGCCGCCUCAUCGUCGACAAGUGCAAUGUUCGCACCGCCGAGCGUGCGUCGCUGCUCGCGCUCGCACUGCCACUGCUUCCCCAGAAGCCGGACACCACGGUCGUCUACUUCGCGACCGAGACGGCUACGUGCAUCGAACGCGUGGCCUCGCGAACGGACCAUCCGUCCAUCCCAUACGGGCACGGCCGCCCCGCGGUGCAGUCGAUGGCCAAGGCGCUGGAGUUGCCUGCAGCGGUGGCCGCGGCGGCGCAAGCCAAGGAGGGCGCAGCGUGGAGGAGCGUGGAGGUGGACGGUCUUCGCUGGAUCGUGGUGAACUCCUUCGAGCAGGUGAACGCUCUGCUCUCGAGUUGGGGGGCGGGGCCGGCAGAGGUUGCGCCGGCGGGCUUCAAGAAAUUUCCGCGAACGCGCCACGUCCUCAACACCGGCGGCAGCGCGGUGCCCAGCCCCAUCACAAGCCAUAACAGCCAUAACAUGGGCCCAUAA